AAACAGGCUAGCCGUUCGGUGUACGCAUUUCUUCCCCCUCUUUUCAACUCACAAAAGAAUUGAAAAUUUAAAAGCUCCCCAUUUGUGUGAACGAGAGAGAUCCAGAGAGAUUGAGAGAGAGAGAGAUCCAAGUCAUCUACAUCCAGCUCUGCGACUGAUUAGCGAACAUACAUACAUAUCAUAUAUGUAUAGAGCGACCGAUCCUUACAUUAUAGACACACAACUACAAGACGAAGCAAAGCUAGGGUUUCUACUAUGUCGAUGAAUGAGAAUCUAUGUGCCUUCAAUUCUACUAAAAGCGUCAUUCCUCCAGGUAACGAAAAACCUAGAGUCCGAAAAUCGACUGAAGUUUUUGGAAGUACGGAAAGGAAGCGUCUUGCUAAUAUAACAAACAUGCAACAACAACCUAGAAUGUCAAUGAUAGAUGAGAAGUCACAUAUUAUCCCAGCUUCUACCAAAGAGUACAUUGAAAAACUAAAGAAGGAAAAUGUGGCAUUGAUGAAGCUUCUGGCAGACAGAAAUAAAGUUAUUGAAUUGAGUGGGAUUGAAUUGCGUAGACUUAGGGUCAGUUUGCAGAAACUGCAGCAGCAAAAUCUUCAGCUUGCACAAUCAAACAGCCAAAUGCUUGCGGAAUUAACAGUAGAUAAAGACAGGCUGAAACUGUUACAACAUGAGUUGGGAUGCAAGAAUGGUUUGCUUGUAGCGAAAGGGUUGGAGUUAAAGGAAAAAGACGAAGCUUUACCUUCUGAGAAAGUUGGUAUAGAGGUCAAAAUGCUCAAUGAGAAGCUGGAUUCUUCACAGGCAUCUAGAGAUAACGUCAAGCCUAUUAAUAUAAACAGGAGGCAACUAUCCAAAAGUUUGGGCUCGUCGACUGUCAAGGAAUCUAAAGAUAGAAAGGCUGAUAAUAAAAGGCAAUGUGUCAGAAGGCAGUCUGCUAGACUUAAAUCUCAAGAGUCUGAACCAGCAAAUGACGUGUCUGAGGUAGAACCUAAUAGCCUUGCUUCUGGGCCUCCCCACAGUAAUGUAAUGGAAGAAGGUGUUUCUAAAUCCUCGACUUUAGAGAUAAAUGAAGAAAGGAUUUCUGGCAACAAAAGGAUCCCUGUAAGGAGCCAAUCUGCUAGAUUCAAAUCUGAAGAGCCAAAACCUGCUGAAGACGUGUUUGCCAUAGACUCCACUGGCCCUGUGUCAGGUCCAAAUUGUGAUCAAAUGCAGGAUGAUGUUUCAACUUCCAUUUGUCUAUCAGCAGAGGAAAAUGAUAAGGCUACUGGCAAUAGAAGACUCUCUGCUAGAAGGCAAUCUGCUAGAGUUAAAUCUGAAGAACCAGAAGCUGAUAAAAGCUUCUCCAAGAUAAACAUCAAUGACGUUUCAAUAUCCGCAUGUUUAUCAGAUGAAAAUGAUAGUGGAGAAGGCAAGCAUGCUCCCAACCGUGAAUCGCAAGAUUUUGGAAGACCAUCUUUUGGUAGGCCUUCACGCCAAGCAGCUAAGAAGGUGAAUACCUACAAGGAAAUUCCUCUAAAUGUGAAGAUGCGCAGAAGUGAGUAAGUCAACUACUGUUUCGAGGAAUUCCUUCGUUUGUAAUGGACCUUGGCAUCUUAUCAUGAGUUAAGAGGAUAUGUUGGCCAAUAUAGAGGCGAACUACCAGGCCAUAUAGAUGUGAAAUACUGUUGUAAUUCCUUUUUGAAUCACCUGCGUAUGCUACUAUAAUAAUUACAUGCAGUAGUGUAGAUUGUAGACAUCAGUGUGCUGUAUUUGAUGAGAUCAUCCUUCCGGUGUCCAGAUGGGUUAUUGUUUCUUCUUUUUAGGAAGAUUUAAGUUUUUUUACCCCUUGUCAAGCAA